CUGUUUCCCGCGCCCCUGCGCCUGCGCAACACUCGCGCCGCGACCGCCGCACGCGCCGCCCGCCUCGGAACCGGAAACACUAGUGUUGUGACACGAUAGACGAUCUAUCGAUUAAACAUGAGGUGCUUGAUUUAUGGUGUGUGUUUUGUUUUGCUAGCCCAGCAAUGCCGGCCGCUCCCAGCGUCGGACGAGGCGUCAGUAGUGAGCGACUACACGGGCGCCAACUGCUCACGACCACUCGGCGUGUACCAGCAGAUCGCCAGUAAUAUCGCACAGAGGAUCACUAACCCACUCUUCAGGAUCCUCGGCAUCGGCGGUAACAAAACAAACGACAAUCAACCAGACCACGCCAAGGGCAAGAUAGAGAUCCUGGAUGACACCCUUGAUGACCACACCAAGGCUCCAGUAAUGCCAGUGGACAACGACAUAUCAGACCGAGACGUCGAAGAACUAUCCUCCGAAGCUUUAAAAAAGAUUGAGAAGAAACCAGAGAAAAUCACGCUGUAUUCCAGCUAUUUACCCUCCAAAUUGCAAGUAAACGAUACAGCGAACAGUACUAUAAACGAAGUGGACAGUGACGAUGAUGAUUUCGAUUUAGACGAUUUUGAUCUGGAUGAGGAACCGAAGCAGUCAUCUCCUGAGGGUGGACUGAUCUGGUUUUUGGAGGUCAUUGGCAGUUUGAUACAACUGUUGUGGGGCGGCUUUACGGCGUGGAUCAAGCCGCCUAAGCCAGACGAUGCGUAAAUAGGGUAGUAUGUAAAUAUAUAGUAGUAUCUGUUGAUUUAUUUACGGUGUUAGCAUGUGCAUAACACGUUUCGUUAAUAUUUAUAUGGAUUUAUUUUAUUCGCCGUCACGUUCUAAACUAAUUUGGUCUACGUGAGCCACAGAGAGGUGAAUAAAAUAUCUGCAUGUUAUUCUUCUCACAGUAUUAUUUAGUUAGAGACUGAAGGUAAGUCCACCUUUCAACAUUGUACGUAACGGACGGUAUUUGGUCCGAUAAGUACGAUACGGACGAUAGGUGGACGCUUACUUAUCGAUCGUACCGAUUAGGCUCUUUAAAUAGAACGUAGCCGACAAUAUGUUUUUAGGAGAAGUUAGUUAGACAACUAAACCUUUCAGUUCAGUCAUUUGUAACAAAAAGUAAGA